UUUGGUGGCAAGAUGGCGGCGCUCAAGAGGCACUGCCUGUGCCUAUUGCUAUUGCUAGUGGUGAUGGUUUCACCAGUUCCGCAGGGUACACCGCUGUCUGGAAACGGGGAAGAAGUUGUGGUGAAGGAUAUAUUGGAGAAAGUUCUUGAGGGUAUGCAACUGAAAUACAUCAAGAGCAUGAAGUUUUGUGACGAGAACUCUGGAAACCAGAAAGCUCCGUACAUCUGUCUGGCUAAGAAGCUGCCUCCGACUGAAUGUUCCCAUCCGAUCCGGGUGGGUGACCUCCCACCCUUCUGUCAGGACAUGUGCCCGCCACAGCUACAGGAAGACAGGGAGGCCGACCUCUACAUGUGCCGAAAAGUGUCCAUCUAAAGAUUGGGUAGGCUGUAGCAUGCUUGUCAGGCUUAAGACUGAGUCAGGCUAAGUCAUGCUCGUUUUGGAUUGCUCCGACUGUAGACGUGUUGAAGAUACCUAAGUGUUAACGUUUUUUUUGUAGUGUGAUUAUUCAGCUUAUGUAGUUUGAGUUUAUAAAUGGCAGAGUAUAUUUGCUUUAGGACUUACUACUUCUCGCAGCGAGGUGUCUGUGAUAUUGACAUCUAAUUAACUUGUAUUUACGAGCAGCUCACAAAAUGCGUUAUCUGUGUGUUUAGUGGUGGACUGACUAUUAUCAUUAAGUCAUAUGCGGUAGCGAUGACCGGUAUAUCCACAUGAAUAGGUGAACGGGUGCUUUUCUAGCAUACGUGUUAGUAAUAAACAAACAAAA